UGAAUUAUGUGAUAUACCUUCUGCUGUCAACGGACAUCAUACGAGGUCUGACUAGAAAGUUACAGGGAUGACAGUUGCGGAGCGCUGUUGUUGCAUCAGUCUUCAAACGUAAAUUUCUCAUGAAAGUGGUCAGAUUAUUAAAUGUGCCUAAUUUCAGUUUGUGGUUCGACAGUUGACUGCUCUAAUCCGACCUGCUAAUUUCUUAUUUUACAUCAUGGACCGGACUUCUGUGUUCAUCUGGAUCGGAUUGUUAUUUUCGAUUGCGGGAACUCUAUUAAGUUUCAGCUGGAAUAGUAUUUUCGACCUCAUCGCCAAGAAGGAGUUACCGAUCUCUCCUACAUCCAAAACCUACCCCUUGUGGAAAAAAUCAACAGUCACCAUGAAUUUCUACUUGUUCAACUGGACAAACCAUGAUCAACUGUUCGAAAAUAAUUAUACGCCUGAGUUUGUCGAGUUGGGCCCGUACUCAUACACGGAGGUUUAUGAGAAAGUGAACCUGACGUGGAACGCAAAUCACACCGUGACGUACCAAAGGAUCAGAAAGUGGUAUUUUGACGCAGAAAAUUCAAACGGAAGUCUAGACGACACCGUCGUAAUGCUGAAUAUUGUUCCUGUGUCCAGCAGUUUUUUCACCAGAAACUGGAGCUUUAUAUCAAUUUACGCCCUGUCCGCUGCCAUGAGAAUGCUAGGUGAAUCGAUAUGGGUUCGAAGGACGGUCCGAGAAAUCCUUUUCGACGGCUAUGAUGACCCCUUGCUGAAGAUCGCGCAGACAGCGCCCUCACUCUUCGGCACGGAUGUCCAAGGUGACAAAGUCGCAUGGUUCUUUAACAGAAACGGAUCAGCCCGUUCCGACGGCGUCUUGAACGCGGAGACUGCUUCUGAAGAUAUGAAGAACUUGGGGAUUAUUCGUAGUUGGAAUUAUAAAGAUAAAUCUGACUUUUUCGACGGUGAAUGCAGUAAAGUUGCUGGUUCUGUAGGGGAUAUAUUUCCUCCGGUACAGAUGAAGGAAGAUCAGCUGGAAAUGUUUGUUCCGGAUUUCUGCAGGUCACUUAAGCUUGACUACUCGGAGGAGGUAGAAGUUAGGGGCAUACCUGCUUACAGGUACGAAGCCAGUCAGGCUCUAAUAGACAAUGGUACUGUGGACUCUACAAACCAUUGCAACUGCCGUGGUGAAUGUCUUCCUUUGGGCGUCUUCAACAUUUCUGCAUGUCGCUAUGGAAUUCCGGCUUUCAUAUCUUAUCCUCACUUCUACAAAGCGGAUAAACAUUAUUUGAGACAACUGAAAGGAUUGGAACCUGUCCCAAAACGUCAUCGCUUCUAUAUCACUUUGGAACCGAGGACAGGAAUUCUAUUGGACCUGAAGGCGCGGGUACAGAUUAAUUUCUUAUUACAACGUAACACACGUAUCAAUUUGUUCAGAAACGUACCGACUAUCCUCUUCCCAGUUUUGUGGUUCGAGGAACUUGGUUCGAUACCGCCUUCUGAAGCAUUUCUUCUUAGACUACUGCUGCUGUUGCCUGUGGUUGGACAAUACAUUUCCUUUGGUCUCACCCUCAUAGGUCUAGUCAUAAUAUCGGCCGCCAUUUUGCCUAUGUUCCUCAACAAAUACUCUGGAAGCCUACAUCACUGCCUUAAAAGAAAAUCAUCCGAAACAAUCAUUUCUCAAACCUCGUUGCCUAUUGGGCGCUUUAGGCCUCCACCAUCAGAAGGAAAAGACGGCGCCAUACCUCCAGAAGAACAUGGCCUGCUUGACACCAAGAUAGACAAUUGACUGUGUUUCAUUUCUGGUUUGUUUAAAUAAGAACUUAAAAUGCUUAGAUGUAUUGCGUCCGGUGAUUCGUGUGCAAUGGAUAGGAAUGUAGGUGAGUGAGGCCGUGGCAUGGAGGACAUCCCGUCCAAACCAGAAGAUGUUGCAAGGAAUAAAAUGAGAUAAACGGUUUUCUUAUAAUCUGAGCUAUUCACAGAUCUCCCACUUAAACAUCUGUGAACGCAAUCUAGACUGAUCCAGUAACUUUCUUAUUAAUGACAUAGAUUACCGUUAUAUUGAGGUGGUCUAAUUACACAAUUCUCCUUCAGGGUCAAAUGCUAAUUUACCUACAACUUGUUUCUGUUUUAUGUAACUCUAAUUUUAGGCAGGUCAUGUCUUAAACCAUUGAGCAAUUACUAUAAAACAGUACUAAUAGAUUAUUAGGAAUUUCUUUAUAUUGAUUGUUAACAGAUGAAGGAAGGUGUACGUGUGAAAUUAAAUCUAGGAUUUC